AUGAUGAACCAAUACAUGAAGGAAUUGGAACAAGACCCAUUUGAUCCUGAUGAGUUCGUUGAAAGGAUGGUGAGGCGCAGUAUGCAGGAGUCCCGUUUGAAAGACGAUCAGUUUGAUCCUGAAAUGAUACAUGAUAUCUUUACACAAGCCAUUCAAGAUCUAAAGGUUCUGCAGGAGAGACAGGAGAGAAAGUGUACUAGACUUGAACAAGCUGUGCAGGAAGAAGAAAAAUUAUAUGCAGCAAAGUUAGCUGAAAUCAUGGACCAACAUACUCAUUGUGUUGGGGUAUUCAGCGCAUUAGAUGAGCGUAUGUCUCGGUGUGGUGGAAGAGCUCUGGACGUGGGUGAAAAGCUUGGUGCCGCACGUGCGCCACGGGCCAGAGCAGCUGCUGCUAGGGAUCUUCUAUCACAUCUCUCGCACUUUUUAAGUCCUGGACCUGUGCUUAUUGAAUUAUUCAAUGAUCCCAAUAAGUUGCAUGAAGCUGCUGAUAUUAUACAAAAGCUUCACACCAUUGCCCAAGAAUUACCUCCCGACAAGUUUGAAGUUGCCAAAAGAAGAUAG